AUGAGUCACUACAGAAACACCAUCUCUUUUGUUUCUCUCCUGCUUUGUCUCUUCAUCACAUUUGCCUCCUCUGAACGUUCCUACAUACGAGAAUUCACUGAUGACUUCAACUCAAAUCUGCACCAACCAGACCAGAUUGGAGCAGAACCAAACCCAAACCUGGAGGAAACGCAUUACAGCGAUAACCAUCAGGAGAUGUCAUCAAGUGAUAAUAGUAGAGCCUCAAGCAUAGUGAAAGGUCUGAGGAAUCAAGCUCCGUCGUCUUACAGUUUGAAGAUGGAAUCUUUCAGGAUUCUCCUUAAUUCAACGGACAAAGACACAGAGAGCUACCGGUCUCGUCCUUUUCCGGUUGGUGAAUACAGCUGGACACUUGUCGUGUACCCUAACGGGAACAAGAGGGACAACGGUACAGGGUUCCUUUCGCUUUACGUAGCCAUAGACAACUCGACCCUCGUCGCUUCACAUAGAGACGUUUACGCGGAUCUCAAAUUUUACAUAUUCAACAAGAACGAGAGGAAGUACUUCACAAUCCAAGAUACAACUGUUUGGCGAUUCAAUGUCUUCAAAACCAUGUGGGGAUUCUCCCAAGCUCUCCCUCUUGAUACGUUUAGAGACUCGAGAAAUGGUUACCUUUACGAUGGAGAUCACUGCGAGUUUGGUGUUGAUGUGACUAUUCCCACUCACUUUGACAAGUCGGAGCUUUUCACUAUCACUCAAAAUUUCCCUAACCCAACAUACACUUGGACGAUUCAGAGAUUCUCUACGCUCCACCAAGAUUUUUACUUUUCAGAUGUGUUCUCCAUUGGAGAAAGACGUUGGAAACUUCAAGUGUAUCCAAAUGGUGAUGGUAUGAGAGAGGGAAGAUUAUUGUCGAUGUAUCUUCACAUGGAUGAGAACGAGAAAAUCAAACCCGAUGAGAAGAUUUAUGUUCGAGCCAAGCUUAGAGUUCUUAACAAAAACCCAUCCAGUAAUGUUGAAAAGCUACUGGAUAUGUGGUACGGUGCUGGAUCUCGACGUUGGGGUUAUGAUUUCAUCCCACUCUCUGAUCUCAAGUCUUUCCUUGGGAGUUUCCUUGGGAGAGAUGAGUUAAGGGUUCAAGUCGAAAUGGAGGCCAUUUCUUCGACCAUGUACUUCCCUAGUUAG